GGCAACGAGAGGAGGAGCAGCAGCAGAGGAGGAGGAGGAGGCGACGGCGGCGGCGGCAGCAGCAGCAGUAGCAGUGGCGGCGGCGACAUCGGCGAGGUGGGAGAACAAGAGGCAGAGACAGAGGCAGAGGCAGAGGCAGAGGCAGAGCGAGGAGAAGCGGCGGCAGGACAGCGGCUUCGCUCAGUGCGCGGCGCUGUCGGGGUGGCCUUUGGGAACGGCCCGCGGACGGUCCUCCGGAGCGGCUCCUGGGAAUUCUGGCAGCCGGAGAUUUGGGUAAGAACUUCCAAGAUCUCUCCGCCGGCUAGCAGCAGCAUCUUCGGCUCCCGCACACACACUCGCGCGCGCACGCACACACACAGACACCUAGAGAGAGCGCGGGGAAGGACCAGAGAGAACCGAACGAAAAGACCCCGGGCCUGGAAGUAAACUUUGGCUGCCAGAGCGAGCGAGCGAGCGAGCGAGCCGCUGGAGCCUGGCCGGGGCAGCCGUGCGGAGACCCGGAUGCCUGCGAGAGGAGGAUGAGCUCUGGGAGAUUCGAUCUGGCAGCAGCUACUCCGAUUUCGCACCCACCCCACCGGAGCCCAAGGUAGAAGGCGAGCCCGUACCUGCGCUAAAUCCGCUUGUCGGUGUCAGUCCGUAGCAUUGUGACUUCUCCAUCCUCUCUCUCCUCUCUCCCUACUCGCCUCGCCCUCCCCCGAGCUAGCCGAAAGAACUGAGACUCUGAUUUCCUCCCCCUGGGGCAAAUACCCUGGCGAUUGGCUCCCAAAACUUGAGGUGGUGGGGGUAGUGCGCUCCGGGGUGCGGCGGUGGUAACUUUGAUUUCCCGAUCGCGGCCGCCCGCUGCCCUUUGACUCGUUUUUUUGGGGGGAGAGGCGAUUCUCUGCAGGAGGCCCUCCGGUCUGUGGAAGCGGCCCGACGGGCGGAGGAAAAAAAAAUCCCUCGGCGAGCGAGCGAGCGAGAGCAGCCGCUUCCGCAGCCUCUCCCCUGCCCGCCGGCCUGAGCCCCGCGACCCAGGAGCCGCCGAGAAGCCCCGGCGUCUGCAGGACUUUCCGCCGACCUCAGCCCCAGAAGCGGCUUCCUCCCCUCCCCUCCUGCAGACCUCGAGCCAAAUCUGUCAUUUUCUCUGUCUCCCAAACAAAAGCAGCCUCCAGACUGACCGAGCCGUCAGGACGCGCUUAAAGUGUGCCCGUUUUCUGCAGUAAGAUUUGUGCAUUUUUGGGGAGGGGGGGAGAUAUUUGCGCAUGCCAGGUGCAAAGACAGCUAAAUCCCCUCUCCGGUGACUGUGUGUGCGCGGGGCUCGGUGUUGGGCUUCUCCCUCGGCUUUUAGCUCCUCGUUUGUUUCGGUAACUUCGGGUUUUUUGGUGUGGUUUUUUUGUUUUUGGUUUUGUUUUGUUUUGUUUUUUUUUGGCCUCGGCUGCUCCUUGGACAGCCGAAGAAAACCCCCGUCCUCCCGCGUGCUUCCGACCUUUCUCCUUUCUCUUCCCAUUUUUUAGGGGGGCCAGUUUGCUGCGGAUCGCCUCCUAACUUUAAAGGCACCGAAACAGCGGCGGCGGGGAAAUCGACUAGCUGGGCAGCCCGGAUCGAGGAGAAGAGCUGAGCCAGCGCGCUAGCUCUCUCGCCCUAUUUCUGUCUCCUCUCCCUGCCUCUCCCAGCCUCUCCACAUCCCAGGCGUUUAGUUCGCCUCCUGAUUUUUUUCCCGUCCUGCUCAGCAGGACUCGUCUUUUCUGCUUCUUCUCUCACGCUUCCUCCCUCCCCGCCAAAGCAAAAAGGGAAAUACAAAAAAAAAAAUCCGGAUCCCGAUCAACAGGCAGAGCCACCAGUCGACUAGAGGGGAGCCCCCGAAAAGACGAAGUCACGGAGCCUAGAAAAAUGGAUUCUUUUUUCCCCAUGCUCCUCCUCGAGGCUUUGCUGUGGACCCAGGCGGCAUCUUUGAUUAAUUUAAAAUACUCAGUAGAGGAGGAGCAGAGAGCGGGGACGGUGAUCGCCAAUGUGGCUAAAGACGCCCGAGAAGCCGGCUUCCUGCUGGAUGCUCGGCAACCCGCCUUCCGGGUGGUCUCCAACUCGGCCCCCCACCUGGUGGACAUCAACCCCAACUCCGGGCUGCUGGUCACCAAACAGAAAAUCGACCGGGACCUGCUCUGCCACCAGAGCCCCAAGUGCGUGAUCUCCCUGGAGGUGAUGUCCAGCUCCAUGGAGAUCUGCGUGGUCAAGGUGGAGAUCAAGGACCUGAACGACAACACCCCCAGUUUCCCCAGCUCGCAGAUCGACCUGGAGAUCUCGGAGACGGCGAGCCCCGGCACGCGCAUCCCGCUGGACGGCGCCUACGACCCGGACUCGGGCAGCUUCGGCGUGCAGACCUACGAGAUCACGCCCAACGACCUCUUCGGCCUGGAGGUGAAGACGCGCGGCGACGGCUCCCGCUUCGCCGAGCUGGUGGUGGAGAAGAACCUGGACCGCGAGACCCAGGCCCACUACAACUACCGCAUCACGGCCCUGGACGGGGGCGACCCGCCGCGCAUGGGCACCGUGGGGCUCAGCAUCAAGGUGAUCGACUCCAACGACAACAACCCGGUGUUCCCGGAGCCGACCUACUCGGUGAGCGUCCCCGAGAACGCGCCCCUCAACACGCCCGUCCUCCACCUCAACGCCUCCGACCCGGACGAGGGCACCAACGGCGAGGUGGUCUACUCCUUCUACGGCUUCGUCAACGAGAAGGCCCGCGGCCUCUUCCAGAUCGACCCGCACAGCGGCCUGAUCUCGGUGAGCGGCGCCAUAGACUACGAGCAGGGCCGCGUGUACGAGCUGGACGUGCAGGCCAAGGACCUGGGCCCCAACUCCAUUCCGGCCCACUGCAAGGUCACCGUGACCGUGCUGGACGUCAACGACAACGCGCCCGUCAUCAACCUGCUGUCGGUCAACAGCGAGCUGGUGGAGGUGAGCGAGAGCGCCCCGCCGGGAUACGUGAUCGCGCUGGUGCGGGUGUCCGACCGCGACUCGGGGGUCAACGGUCGGGUGCAGUGCCGCCUCCUGGGCAACGUGCCCUUCCGCCUCCAGGAGUACGAGAGCUUCUCCACCAUCCUGGUGGACGGGCGGCUGGACCGCGAGCAGCGGGACCAGUACAACCUGACGAUCCAGGCCCGCGACGGGGGCGUGCCCUCCCUGCAGAGCACCAAGUCGUUCACCGUCAAGAUCACGGACGAGAACGACAACCACCCCCACUUCUCCAAGGCCUACUACCAGGUCAUCGUGCAGGAGAAUAACACCCCGGGGGCCUAUCUGCUCUCCGUCUCGGCCCGGGACCCGGACCUGGGCCUCAACGGCAGCGUCUCCUACCAGAUCGUGCCCUCGCAGGUGCGAGACAUGCCCGUCUUCACCUACGUGUCCAUCAAUCCCAACUCGGGGGACAUCUACGCGCUGCGCUCCUUCAACCACGAGCAGACCAAGGCCUUCGAGUUCAAGGUGCUGGCCAAGGACGGGGGCAACCCGUCCCUGCAGAGCAACGCCACGGUCCGGGUCAUCGUCCUCGACGUGAACGACAACACCCCGGUCAUCACGGCGCCGCCCCUGGUCAACGGCACGGCCGAGGUCUACAUCCCCCGGAACGCGGGCGUGGGCUAUCUGGUCACCGUGGUCAAGGCCGACGACUACGACGAGGGCGAGAACGGAAGGGUCACCUACGACAUGACCGAAGGAGACCGGGGCUUCUUCGUGAUCGACCAAGCCAACGGCGAGAUCCGCACCACCCGGACCUUCGGGGACGGCUCCAAGACCACCUACGAGCUCAUCGUGGUCGCCCACGACCACGGCAAGACGUCCCUCUCGGCGUCCGCCUUGGUCUUGAUCUAUCUGUCCCCGGCCCUUGACGCCCAGGAGUCCGUGGGCUCGGUCAAUCUCUCCCUGAUUUUCAUCAUCGCCCUGGGAUCUAUCGCCGCCAUCCUCUUCGUCACCAUGAUCUUCGUGGCGGUGAAGUGUAAGAGGGACAACAAGGAGAUCAGGACCUACAAUUGCAGCAGCUGCCUAGCCAUCCCUCGCCUCUUCUGCCAUUUCAUAAAAAGGCCCAAACGGCAAGUGGAGGGGCUGCGGCUCUGUUUCUCCUGGGAGCAGGGAGGAAGGCACAAAAGCAGGGGAGAAACGGAGCCCGCCGGGACCAGGAUCGCCGAGUACUCCUACGGGCACCAGAAGAAAUCGAGCAAGAAGAAGAAGAUCAACAAGAACGACAUCCGGCUGGUGCCCCGGGACGUGGAGGAGAACGACAAGAUGAACGUGGUCAGCUGCUCCUCCCUGACCUCGUCCCUCAACUACUUCGACUACCACCAGCAGAGCCUGCCGCUGGGCUGCCGCCGCUCCGAGAGCACCUUCCUGAACGUGGAGAGCCAGGCCGGGCGCGGCGCCGGCUCCGGCACCGUCUACCACCACACCUUCGCGGUGCAGAGCGCCCAGCAGCCCGACCUCAUCAUCAACGGCAUGCCCCUGCCCGAGACCGAGAACUACUCCUUCGACGCCAACUAUGUGAACAACCGGGCUCACAUAAUUAAGAGCAGCUCCACCUUCAAGGACUUGGAGGGGAACAGCCUGAAGGACAGCGGGCACGAGGAGAGCGACCAGACGGACAGCGAGCAUGACAUCCAGCGGGGCCUGUACUGCGACACGGCCGUCAAUGAUGUCCUGCACUCCAGCGUCGCCUCCAUGGGCGCUCAACUGCCUGACCACGAUCAAAACGAAGGCUUUCAUUGCAGGGAAGAAUGCCGCAUCCUCGGUCACUCUGACAGGUGCUGGAUGCCUCGGAACCCCCUUCCCACUCGGGCCAAGUCCCCGGAUCGCGGAAGAAACAUCAUCACCCUGUCAAUCGAAGCCACCGCUGCCGAUGUCGAGGUCUACGAAGACUGCACGACCAAGAGGACUUUCGCGACCUUUGGCAAGGAUGGGGGCGACCACGCCGAGGAGCGUUCGGCCCAGAAAGGCAAGAGGGCGGCGGACCUGGCCAUCUGCAGCCCCAAGGUCACCAGCGCCAUCCGUGAGGCGGGCAAUGGUUGCGAAGCCAUCAGCCCAGUCACUUCGCCUCUCCAUCUGAAGAGUUCUCUGCCCGCCAAGCCGACGAUGGUCACCUACAGCGCCAUCAUACACUGCCCGGCUACCCACACCGUGGAGCCGUUCCCCAACAACGGGCCUUCUCGUCCCACCGAAGCGGAGCCACGUGGAGCCGACAGCGAGAAAGUGGUGCGUGAGGUCAACCCUCUACUGCAGGAGAGUCCGGAGAAAGAGUCUCCAGGAGCGAAGAGGCUGAAGGAUAUCGUGCUGUAGGCUGGGCACGUGCGGAGGAGGAGCGACCGUGGCGGCGGAUACGCAGAACAACCACGGUCACGUAUGUGCAGAUCAACCAGCUCGACAGCUUUUUUGUGGCUCACCAAUGCCUGUAUUUCAAAGCUUUCCCUAAGUGUAUUGUUUGUUUGUGAAUGGUACUGUCAUAAUGUGACAAUCCCUCUUGUUUCAACGGGAGACGGAGGUGUUCAUUUGGAGCAAAUUAACUUUGGGUUCGGGGGGCCUUGGGGUGGGACAAAAGAAAGAAAUUGAGUUGUAAGAAGUAUUAUGUCUUAAGUAUUUUGAAUUUCUAUAUUUUUAUAUAGUAAAGUUAUAAUGUAAAUGAUUAUUGUCCGUGGAGCCGAAACCAGCCCAAACUGCACCUGGGCCACCUGGGCCAAAUCUGAUUCGGGGGAGGGAAAGAUACAGAGCACAAUCUGAAGGUGGAAGGAAGGCGUCUCGGAAGAGGGCCGCCACAGCGAUGGAUUGGGGGCAGCUGCCAUCCCUGUCUCUUGAAAACUGUGGCGGAGAGGAAAAGGGGACAUGAGGAGGAAGCACACCCUCAUGUGAGUAGCGGGGACCGAAGGCUCAUGCGCUCUCUUCUGGUUAUGGCUCAGAUUAUUUGUAAAGAUUAAAAAAUGAAAACAAAAACUAAAAACAACAAAAAAAAUCAUAAAAACAACAAAAAAACCAACAAAAAACAAACACUGCUAUCUGGACACUUAAUCAACACAUCAAUGUCUCGUUUGGCAGACAGCGACUGGCUGUUUCCUAGGCACUGUACUACCAGGAAUUCAACACCUUCAAGUUGAAUCCCUACAAAGACUCUUGGAAAACUCACGCACCUGCCGAUGUUGCUAGUUUCCCAUGGACACCUGCCCACAAAGAAGACUCCGUUUGUCGUCACUUGACUACUACUGUCCUCUGAUUCAGUAUUUCUGAUUAUUCCAUCGGUGGUGAUGGCGACGGGCUUUCAAAGUUGUGUCUCACAAACGAGACACAGCUCCCUGAACUGGCAGCCACACCGCUAGUUACCGCACCCAGAGAUGGAAAACUUGGGGGAAACGGCACAUUGCUGAGCCCACGUGACGAAUGAUGGCUCAUCAUUCGCAAAGUCUUUUUCGUAGAGCGAUGAUAGCUCCUUGGAGAGAAGCCUUUUCAGAUAGUCGGCUGCCUAAUUUGUGGGUGUCAGAAAUACUCCGCUGAAAGUUUGAUGAGAUCCGUUUUUUCUAAUUCUCAGGCACUGAGCAGGAAAAGUUGUUCCCUGAACUCCUUGGUUCCCCACUUUCACUAUUCCCUGUCUCCAAUCAUCUAAAACGCAAAAUGAUUGAAUCUAUUUAGAGAGAGAAAUUAGCAUGUCUUCAGACCUACACUUCCUGAUUCAGUGUUCCCCAAUCAUGAUUGGAAUUAGUUUGCAUAGCUCAUCACGGGGCCUGAAAUUUCAAAUCUUAUUUCUCUGUACCCUGGGCUUCCAAAUAGGGAUAGAGUAAGUAAUAAGAAAGCAUAACAUUUAGGCUAACCUGGGGAAAACAUAGCAACAUCACUAAUCAAAUUUAUGUGCCUUCCAUAUGGAGAAAAUUGAAAGGUAGUCUUUUUGGAAUGAGCACAUUUCGGGGUGAUUAAAGAUUUGAAUGAACACACUAAAAUGAAAACCCAUUAAAUUGAUUUAGCUUAAAAAAACAAGCAUAGGCUAGAUUUUAUAACCUAAGACUUUCUUUCCUUUCUUUUUUUCCCCCCUUUUAACCAAACUGACCGUUAGUUCCUAUUUUCUAAAAUUGCUUCCUCCAUUUUUUCUAUUAAUUUGCUUAAUUCUCAGCUCAUUCAUCGUGUUUCCUAGCCAAAGGAGCAUGUGUGUGUGUAUGCGUGUGUGAGCGUGUGUGUGUUUAACCCAAGUGUUCAUUAUUUAAAACACAACAAAAGAAACCAGAUCUCAUCUUCUCUCUGCCUUGAACUUCUAAGGAUAAGACUUAUUUCUCCACACCCAAGUGUUUGGAUUCCGCUUCUCAUUAGUGUCAAUGACCAAAAUUCCCAAGAAGUGCCCGCUAAGAAGGUUCGCGGGGUCAGGGCACGAGCAUUCAAAUGAGAUGGUUCUUUUUCCUUUUUGAGGUUAAGGUAGAUCAGUCAACUGGAUUCCGCCAUUUCCAUGGGGUUUUUCAUCCAAGUUUCUGCCUUUGUUCAUCACUAAGAAUGUUUUCUCUAUCUGGUAGUGGUAGGGGGAUAGGGGGGUGGAGGGAGGGGAGGGAUAAAGAGUUUCCGGAAGGAAUCUCUAGUGAAACUGCUGAAUACUACUACCUCAUGCAAAUUAUUAGCAUCGCCUCAAAUUUUCCUCUGAAACUGACACAAUUUGAGAUCAAUUACCAUGUCAUCUCCAUGUUUCUGUUCUCACUGGAUUUCAUUCUCUGCUGAUCCCAUGUUCUUUUCCUUUAGGUUUUUCCCCCCCACUGGCAGUGCACUGCCAUUGAAAUCCUGGAUAGUUUAUUUUCUUUAGCAAUUGACCAUUCUGUUAGAGUAAUAGAAGAAAGAGACCUCCCCCUCCCCUCCCCCUUUUCAGUCACUAGUGCUGCCUGUAAAAUGUAGAUUGUGUUCCACCAUCUAUUCUGAUAUUAGGUUGUUAGCUACCACCAGAGGGUCUCUUUGAAGUCAGAUCUGACAGUCUUUACACAGCUGUAGCUCCCACCAUGCUCAGUGGGCACCAGGGAGGUGCAGAGGUUACAGAAAAAGGGAACGCUAAAUGUGACUUUCUGUGGUUGCUAAGCCAUAGAGACCGCUGGCUGCCAUGUCUCUUACCAGCAGAGUUGAAAAUGGUCGGAGCAGCCAUGACAGGAUUUUUCCCCCUUUUUCUUCUCCCCUCCCCCUCUGGCUCCCUUUUUGUGUCUUAGAAAUCCAGUUUCGCUUUAGAGGCCCGGCCUCUCUCCUUACCUAGAUGCCUUUGUUUCUAUUCAAUCAUAUGGAUCUCUCGGUGGACAAUCAGAGAAGUUGUGGCUUCAGAGCCCUCAACUGAGCAUACGCACGGCAUAAAAAUAGCCUUUUUCUCAACUGCCCCCUCCCCCGUGACCCCUCCUAGGACACCUCGACUAUCUAGGAAGGCUUUGGGAAUCAGGUAAAGCCAGGCUGUGAUAGCUAACCAGGCGUGUGUAAGGAAUCCCCAUUUCGCUGAGCGGUGGGGUGACUGUCAUGUUUUUUCGUCCUCGCUCCUUCACAUGCCCGAUGAGAGGAUACGAAGAUCAGAGGGCCAAAUAUCCCCAAACCUCCCUUCCCUUUUACCCACGACACACCCUCAUCCCUGAACCACGCCACAUACCUUAACUCGAGGGAAGGCUUUUAGCUCCCAAAGCACCAGGAGCCCCUGUUCCAUUUCAUCCGAUGGCCCACUGGGAGAGGUGUGGGAGCUCAAGAGCUGUGCCGCUCCCUUACCAACAGCCUUGGGUAUCUCCCUCGGCUGGAAGCUCCUCCGUGCGAUACGGAGGGGUUUAGUUUUAGUUUAGUUGAUUGAUGUUUUUUUUUCCCGGCUCUGGGAAGAUAAUAUACGGGGACUAAGGAGUAGAAAACCAUGCAACAUGGAUUUGCUUACUUUCUUUCCCCUAUAAUGAGUAAGGUCUGAACCUGGUCAGAUGACGCUUCCCUCAUCCCUGCCACCCCGCCAAAAGACAAUGGGUGGCAUGACCGCCAACCUUCUUGCUGUCUAGAUGAUGGGCACAAGGAACCCAUAGUUCAUCUUGAAGGAACAAACCUACUGACUAGAGCUAUCGACAAGAGAGGUGUCGAUUCAUGAAUUCCAUAGGCGACAACACACUGGCUUCCGGUCAAAAUAAUGCUUGAGGAAACAUAGCGUGAGACGUAACAAUGGGGCCACCCAGCAGUGUUUCCCCUUGAGACAUCGCCAAGGGUAUCUCUCAAUAGCCUUCUUUCAGCAUGGGAUCUCGAGGAGUUCCGUUUCUUUUUUUUCCCCAUUUAGCUCUAUGAUCAUUCAGAAGCUAAAUUAAGGUAGUCUUGAGCGGAAAUCCGGAAAAAAAACAAACACAAGGCGAUUUGGGGCAAGGCUCAGAGACAUGGGAUAGCUGGGCCUUUGGGGAUCUUGAAAGAUUUAAUGUAUAUUAUAGCUCUAAUUGUAAGUGUAAUUUCAAUUUAGCUUUAUGAGAUUCAUUUUGGUGGUGACUUUUUUCCCAAAGCAUUUCUUUCUGGCAAAUCUGGUCCACUCCGCUAUUUAUCCAGGGCAGCAAGGCCCUCACUCUGCAUAGCUAGCUUUGAAAACUGGCAUAAACAAGCUUCAGAAGUCCAUUGUAUACAAUCCUAGUGUUUGCCUACUUGGUGAAGUUCCAUUUAGGAAGUCAUUUCAUGAGUCAAAUUGUAUUCUUACACGGAAGUCUACUGCAACACUGUUUUGGGGGGUUUUUCUUCUCAAGUAUAUACAAGAUGAUAUACAAAGGGGGGAUGUGUGGGUGGGGCUGGGACUGGGUGGCUUUAUAUUCAUUAUUAAAUCCAUGAGAACAUAACGCAUUGUCCUAAUGGAGUCAUUGCAGUGAAUCCCUGUUUAUUGUGAGACUGGAGAUGACCCGUGGGUCACUUGUUGUACAACUGUCGAUUACUUUUUAAAGUCGAAAACAAGUUGCUUUCGUGAAGAACAUGUUGUCUGAUCAAUGUUGGAAAAAAAAAAUUUAAAAAGCUCUUGUUAAAAAAAUUAAAUAAAAAAAAAUCACAUGCAAAAUA